AUGUCAGAUAAGAGAAACAAAGCUUGUGUACGUUGCAGACACCAAAAAAUCAAGUGUCAACUGAACCCCGGUGCCAAAGCAUGUCAAAAAUGUAUCGAACUUAAUGUGGAAUGUGUCUUUGGACUUCGUCGAAAGGAUGAUUUUCAAUGGAAAAAGGAAACAGAUUUGAGACUUCAGAAAAUCGAUGAUAACAUCGAACAGUUAUUCGCCAUUUUAAAAGGUAAUAAUCCUAAUGUACCCAACCUAGAGCAAGGGGAAUCGUUAUUCUCAUUUGAUUUUUAUAUUCCCGCCAAUGAUGAACAGAAAUGUCUUGCUUUCUUCCAAGAUAGUUUAUCAAGAUAUUUACCAAUAUUUAUAUUUGAUUAUAUUCCUCGAAUCUCCCACCAUAUGAAAGAUACCUCACCGUUAUUGUAUUUGGCGGUUAUAUCUGUAUCGUCUUUAUACUUAACGGACUUUGAGCAAUAUUUCGGGCUUCUGAUAGAUAACUUACAGGCAUGUGUUUUGAAAUUAUCACCAAACAAGAUUUUCGAUGACCAAGGAAUCCCUUUCAAUUUUGAUAAGACCCUUUAUGAUCUCUUAGGGUGUAUUAUCACAUCAGCAUGGUUGGGGAAUGAUUUGGGGGCCAAAUGUUCAUUAAUUGCCAGUGAUUUGGCUGGAAGAUUGAAUCCGCCUAUUUUAGACAAACUCAAUUUAUCCCAACAAAAGAGGAAGGCUGCGUUUGCUUUCAACUUGGCUAGUUAUAUCAUUGAGAGAAGACUACAAAUUUCUUAUACCAGUUCAGAAUAUGUAAACAUUAGGAAUCAUAUGGCUAAAAGAAGAGAUUAUUUCUUACCACAUUAUUUAGAUGCCAUUUUCUCAUCCCAUAGUGAUUCUAAAGUUUACAAACUACGAGCCAAUGUUGAGCUUUGUACUAUGAUUAUGAUUUUCCAUGACAAUUUGUCGACGUCGUCCAAUAAUAUCAAUGAUGAUAAGAUUCUCGAAUGGUCUAAUAAAUUAAAUCAAUGGUUAGCCGAAUGGAUAGGGAAAUUAUUUACAUCAUUAGAGACAUCAUCAGCUAAACCUUUGUUACUAACAUUCCAUUUCACCAAAAUGUUUCUUUAUAUCCAAGCAUUGAAUGCUAACAUUCCUAAACUGGAAAUGAAUGAAAUCAUCUAUAAGGGAGAGAACACUGCUAUUGAUAUCAUUGAUAUGUUAAUAAUGGAUGAAGAUAUACGAAGAUUAAUCAAAAUCGGCCCGGUGUUUUACCCCACGAUCUUUGUUACCGCCACGGCAUUGCUUUUAAAAAUUAUUUCCAUCAGUUCCAAAUAUGGCUAUAAGACCAAUGAAAAACUCCUCAUUUCCAAAGCCGAAGAAUCCCACGCCAUACUUUUGCGAUGCAUAACUUCGCCGUUUCUCCCCAGUUUCGUAGCCAUCCAAUCAUUGAAAGAAGGAAUCGAUAGAGCUAAAAUUAAUAUGGACACGGUAAAUCUCCCCCAUAACUUGAAUGCUCCCGAUAUUCUCGAAUUAAUGAAUGGUUUCAUCCCUAUGACCAACACAUCACCUCAAGACAAUGGAGUAGCCGAUUAUAGUCGACUUUGGGCAGCAGAUGUGUUUGAUCCCGAUACCUUCGAACUUAAUGGUUUUACAACAGAGAUGAUGAAGUCCAUAAGUGAACCUUUAUAA